AUGAAGUUCUCUAAUAUCGCCGUUGGCAGCACUCUGCUCGCAGGUGCCCUUGCCGCUCCUUUGACUUCUCAGCGUCAAGCUCGCCGUGCAGCACGUCUUGAAGGCCGCUCUACUUCUCGCCGCAGCAAUCCUCCUUUCAAGCCCGGUACCAGCGAGGCUAUCAACCUCAAGAACACUUCUGAGGUUGAGUACAGCUCAAACUGGGCUGGUGCCGUUCUCAUCGGAACCGGCUAUACUGCAGUCACCGCUGAAUUCACCGUCCCAACUCCCAAGGUCCCUAGUGGUGGCUCUUCCAGCGAGCAAUACUGUGCUUCGGCUUGGGUCGGCAUUGAUGGCGACACCUGCUCAACUGCUAUUCUUCAAACUGGUGUUGACUUCUGUAUUCAAGGAAGCACUGUCUCCUAUGAUGCUUGGUACGAGUGGUACCCCGACUAUGCGUAUGACUUCUCUGGCAUCACUAUUUCUGCCGGUAAUGUCAUCAAGGUGACCGUUGAUGCCACCUCCAAGACUGCUGGAACUGCUACCAUCGAAAAUGUUUCAACUGGCAAGACUGUGACUCACACCUUCACUGGUGGUGUGGACGGUGACUUGUGCGAAUACAACGCCGAGUGGAUCGUUGAGGAUUUCGAAGAGAAUGACUCUUUGGUUCCUUUCGCCAACUUCGGAACCGUCACCUUCUCGAACGCCGCAGCUACUGAUGGAAGUACCAGCGUUGGACCCUCCGGUGCCACUCUCAUGGAUAUCGAAAGCGACAGUGGUUCAAUCCUUACAUCUGUCUCAACCUCCUCCAGCAGCGUCACUGUGGAGUACGUUUAA